AUGUCAGAAGAUAUACCUGUGGUGCCAAAGAGACCAACCAGAAGACAAACAGCAUCGGAAAUUCCAAUUGCAAGCCAAGAAGAGAAUGUCGACCAAGAGAUAGCUAGAGCGAGAGCGAUGGGGAAAUCCAAGACAGAGGUAGAUAUUAUUGGAACUAAACAAGAUGUUACUCUGCCAAACAUCCCUGCCAGGAGACCAAUCAGGACCUCGACCACUCAAGAAUUGAAUGAUCUGAUCGAUAGCACGAAUGAGCAAUUGGAUGAAAUACAAGCGAUCGUUCAACCUAAUUUACAGGGGCAGCUAGCGACUCAGGUUGGAGCAGAGGAAGAGGAGAUAAAAGAAGAAGAAGUAAAAGAAGAGGGCGAGCCGGAGGAAGAGAUAGAAGCAGUGGAAACAGAAGAAUCAGUUACAUUAGAAGAGCCACUUGUGCCUAAGAGACCUUCUAAAGUUAGGACCGAAGUUAAAGAAUCCGAUAGCAAUGGGACUGAGGAGACCGUUGCUAGUGUCGAAGGCACUAUUGUUUCCAAUGAACUAGAAAAGGUGACUACUGAACCUGAGAUUGGCAUCGAGAAUGAAAGCAAUGAAGAAGAGCCAAUAGUUCCAAAGAGACCAAAAAAGGUUGCUAGUGACUCUAAUGGCGCGACUGCCGAGGCACUAGAAAAAGAAACCGCGUCCGUUGAGCCUGAAGAGCCGAUUAUUCCUAAGAGACCUUCUAAAGUUGAAGACAACGAGAAUGCUAAUGAUGCUCCAACAACAGAGAAUAAGACUGAAGAACCCACCAUUCCUAAGAGGCCUGUUAAAGUUAACAAUGAGGUGAAUGAGAACGCGAACGAAGAAACACCAAUAGUUCCUAGCGAACGUCCAGUACAAAAAAAGAAAAGCUCGGCGCCUCCCCCACCAGUUCCUAAGAAACCUUCUAGUCGCAUAGCUGCAUUUCAAAAGAUGAUUGAAGAACAACAAAUGCAAAACAUACAAUCGUCUAGCCGUGGCGUUGCCACCAAUACUAGUCAAGAGAAUCUCAAUGGACAAACAACAGACCCAACAACAAAAACGAACAACGGUACUAGUAGUAUUGGAUCAAAAGCACAGCAAUUGACUGGCUUAUUUGCAUUACCGGGCAUGAUGCCAAUGGGGGGCAUUCCGGACUCAUUAGCGAAGAAACUGCAACCACCCUCAUCGACAUCGGAAGGAGUGACAGCAAGUGUUGUCACAAGUGUGACACGCAGAGCGAAAGGACCAAGAGGACGUAAAUUACCAAAAGCAGUUGCAAGCAUCGAGAAGAUUAACGUUGAUAUCCAUAAAAAUGAUAUUGAGAUAAUCCCCAUGUGGAGAUUUACAUUUGGUGAACCGGCUGACACGGCCACAGUGACAGACACCACACCAUCGCCACCGCCACAACCACUUGAAGUAGAUGAACUAAAUGAAUCAGAUGGACCAAACGUUGAUAAUAAUGAUAAUGGGACCGAGACCGAGAUCGAGACUGACAGUAUUCAAGACCGUGACCAAUUGGCUCCUACCGAAUCCUUAGAAAAAGACCUUGAAGAAGAGAUCGAGACCCAAAUGCAACACGAGAUCCUAGAUUCAGAGCCAGCAAGCCAUGAACAAUAG